GCCACCGCACACUAUACGAUCCGACUACGACCCGACUGAUUUUUAGUCGGAUCUUAAGGUCUGCGGAGGAGUACGACCACGAUUUUCCCAGUCGUGAAUCAGAUCCCGACUGGUCGGCGCCUCAGUCGUAAAGAUUCAACUGUCUAAUCUUUGCGACCAGAGUCGGGGACUUGUCAGCUGGAUGAUAUGGCCCGCCAGCGUGCAAAAAAGGAAGUGUUAAAUUUCUUUUGUUCAAUUAAAAAAACCUAAUAAUUUUAAUCCAUAAUUCAGGCAUAACGUAAUUCAAUUUGAUAAACAAACCACCGGGGUAGAGUUUUAAAAAUAAAUCUAGUUUGAGUUCUUGGAGUUUUUACCACUCAGGUAAAUGUUUUUGUGACAGCAUUUUUUGUUGCAAUGGCCUUCCAUACAAAGGCAAAACAUGCAUAUAUUCAACAAAAUGGCGGGCGCAGAAAAAUCAGAGUUGUGCAGCGCUAGCGCUGUUGAUGUUGCACAAGCAAGUCCUUGGUGUGAUGAAAAAGAAGAGACUCUUGUGGAAAUGUGGAGUCAAAGGAACUGCCUGUUCGAUGUAUCCUCCAGGGGAUACAGUAACAGGCAGCUGAAGAGACAGUCCAUUCAGGAAUGUUCGUCUGUUCUUGAGAUAGCAGUUGAUGACAUCAGCAAAAAAAUGACGUCUCUGCGGACACAGUAUUCCAGAUUGGUCAAGCCUCUACCUAGUGGAUCUGGUGCAAAAAAAAAGACCCCCCGGCAGGAAUGGAUUCUGAAGAAUCUAGAUUUCUUGGCACCCCAUGUGAAGGCGAGACCUUCUGUUUCAAACCUCAAGAUUGAUUCGAUUCAACAGGAUGCUGGAGAAGAUGAUGAAGCAGAGGAUAACACCAGUGUGGCUGUGGUGCAAGAUGACAUCCCGAAACCAUCUGCAAACACCCCGGACAACAAAAAGAAAAAGCGAAAGAUUGAGGAGGAUGAAUUCAGUGUCAUCAAGUCUCUGCAGAAAGUUCUGGAGGAGCCAGAGGAAGACGACGACACUGUUUUUGCUAAAUAUAUCACAAGAGAAAUGAAAAAAAUCCAGGAUGAAAGAACGAAACUUCUUUUGCGACAGAAGUUUCAAACUUUGAUUGUUGAAGCAAGAAUGGGCGAGCUGAUGCCUUACCAAGGACCACAUGCAUUUUCAGAGAUGUGAUUUCUUGAUGGUUUUUGCCUCAACAAUUAUAUAUUGAAACUUUUGCUGUAAUAGGUUUUUUUCAAAUACUGCUCCCAGUUUACCAAAUUUAGUAAGGUCCCCCCCAAAAAAAGUACUUGGUCUCUGG